GAGACACUAUAAAAGAGUGUCAGCCUCACACUGAUCUCACACACAGCAAACCGGACUUCUCAGGUGUGCUUGUCUGUCUACCAACAUGAGGGCUGUAGCUGUGGUUCUUGCUCUGGCGGUCAUUGCUGGCUGCCAUGCUCGCGCCGUGCCCCAGGCCGAUGAGCCUAAGGCCAAAUGGGAAGAGACGGUGGACCGCUUCUGGGAAUACGUCUCUGAGCUCAACACCCAUGCUGAUGGUGUGGUGAAGAACAUCAAGUCCUCCCAGCUCACCAGGGAACUUGAUACUCUGAUCACAGACACCAUGUCUGAGCUGAACGUGUACAGAGAGGACCUCGAGACCAAACUGGGACCCUACGCCACAGACGCCAGCGGCCAGCUGAAGCAGGACCUGGAGCUGCUGACCAGCAAGCUGCAGACCGACAUGGUUGACGCCAAGGAGCGUUCCACCCAGUACCUGCAAGAGCUGAAGACCAUGAUGGAGCAGAACGCCGAUGACGUGAAGAACCGCAUCAACACCUACACCCGCAAGCUGAAGAAGCGUCUGGGCAAGGACACCGAGGAGAUCCGCAACACCAUGACGACUUACCUGGGCGAGCUGCAGUCUCGCGCCUCCCAGAACGCUGGAGCUAUGAAGGACCGCUUCGAGCCCUACGUGCAACAGGCUCACCAGGGAGUCAGCCAGAAGCUGGGCACCAUCAGCGACGUGCUGCAGAGCCAGGCCCAGGGAGUGAGCCAGCAGCUCGAGGCACAGGCCGGCGUACUGAAGGAGCAGCUGGAGCAGACCGCCGAAACCCUCCGCACCUCUCUGGAGGGCCGCAUCGACGAGCUGACCAGCCUCCUCAACCCCUACACUGAUAAGAUCCGGGAACAGCUGCAGAACGUCAUGGAAAAGAUCAAGGAGGCCACAGCUGCUCUCCCCACACCGGCAUAAAGUAGCUGCACCAAAUGCAAUGAGAAAGAAAUAUUCAUUUUUGUUACUGAAUCUAUAUACAUAUUUCACUGUCUGGGCAGGGAAAGAGCAAGGGCGAGAACUACACACAGCUGAACAAGUCUUUUAACUUAUCGUUAUCAUCUUUUUUGUCAAAAGUGAACUACUGUUUAAUAGCAAUAAUAAUAAUAAUAAUAAUAAUAAUAAUAAUAAUAAUAAUCACCACCUCGAUUGUUCUCUCAGUAUUAAGUAUUAAUCCACUGUCAUGUCAUGUUCUUUAUCGUGCAAUAGGGCAUUGUUAUAACUGCCUUAGGAACUGCAUUCUUCCUCAAGAGUCUCACUUCCCAAAUUGUUCAAUCUGUCCACCUCAAAUUUGUUUCAUGGCGUUCUUGUUUUCUUGUGCAACCACAAAAGAGGCAGUUCAGUAAACUUCGGGCCAAAUUGGCACCACAUUUUUUAAAAAGUACUGUUUUAAAUACAAAGAGAUGUCCACCAUUUCAACAGCUGAACAACCGUGACACAACCUGAUGCAACCAGAGAAUGUCGAUGCAAGUUAUUUUUUUGAACUGAUUUUUUUUUGUGCACUGCCGUUUUUUUUUAACAUGUUUUCAAUAAAUGUGCUUAACGGUUCAUAACA